ACGCAGUUGAGGAGUGACUCUGAAGUUGUGCCAGCACCGCUCACAGUACCUGCUUCAUCUCAGUAGAGGGUGAUGUUACAGGAUUUCAUUUGAUCAGGCAGGGCUGUGGCUGCCUCCUGACACUCAUGAUUAAUUUAAAACAGGAAGCUGCAAGCGUACACUGGUCCUGCCAAGUCACCAUGGCUGCGGUCGUGAAGGGAAGGGGGUUGGUGUCUCUGGGGACCUGCUUGUGAAAAGAUGCACCAGAAGAGAUGCCUCACCCCAGCAAAACACAGCACAGCUGCAGCCAAAGAGCGCUCUUCUCCAUGGCUAGUGUCAGACAUCUCAUCCUGCUUCUUCUCUACUGUGAUGGGAUGCACACCGAAACAACCCCUUCCCCACAGUCUGAUCCUGUAAUUACAACACGAAAAGCUGUAUCCAAAGGUCAAAAUCAAGUCAUUGUCGAAGAGCUUGCAAUCCUGACACCACAGUAUAUAGAGCUUUUAUGUAACCUGACUGAUAUACCAAAUAACCCUCCCUACAUUACUGGCUAUUGGACAAAAGACGGACAAGAAAUUGAAAACUCUGAAGAAACUGUAAACAGAAACAAUGAGCAGUAUAUCCUUAAAAAGACUUUCAGUAUACAGGCCAGAGACCUGGGAAAUUAUUCCUGCAUCUUCAAAGAAAUUCAGGCACAAGUGAGAUUUGUUUUAGAUGUUCCUGUAAUAAAAGACAAACGAGACAAGCCAGUAGUGAGCUACACUGGAGAUUCAGUCGUACUGGUGUGUAAACUCAAACACACACCAAACACCUGGAACUGGUACAAGGCGAACAACACCGACAAGGGGCUCAUCAACGCCACUGCAGACCCUCUGAACUACAAGAUCUUUAUUAACGGAAAUGAAACAAAGCUGACUGUCUUGAAUCUGACUGAAGAAGACUCUGGGAAGUACAUAUGCAGUGCUGAGUUUGAGAUCAAACCCAGCGAGUCUUCCGUAGAGCUGAAGGUCUUGUCGUAUACGGAGCCUCUCAAACCCUUCAUUGCUAUAGUGGUGGAAGUCGUUGUCCUCGUCACACUCAUUUUGCUUUGGGAAAAAUGCAACAAGCCACAACACGACAACUCUUCUGCAGAAGAGAAUGACCUGUGCUCUGAACAAACCAGCAAACUCACUCGUGACGAGAGCAAUGGAGUGGAGAACAACACAGCAAGACAAAGAAAACUGGAGCACUGAGGUUUUCAUUGUAACAGAUGUAAAACCUUUUUAUUCUGCUUUAUGAUCUUGUGGCUUGAAUCACAAAGUAACAAGCAAUAAGGUUUUUUGCUAAACUACAUCAGUCACAGCAAUAUAUAAAUAUUAUAUACAUACUGUAUAUUACAUUCUCUAUAUUAAAUAUAUAAGGCAUGGUUUCAUAAUCUCUGAUAUAGUGGUGUUGUCUGUUUAGAUGCGCUCAUAUGACCUUUGGGAUGUGAAUUUAAUAAUAAAGGUCAACUAAAGAAACA